GUAACAGUGACGUAUGUGACGUCACUGAAAUACGACGUUAGCGGGUAUUAUCGUGUUAGCCCAAGGAUAUGUUGAAAAGAAACUAGUGCGUUUUGUUGUUCGCUUCUUAGAACAUAUUUGGAGUAACAUCCACUACUAUUUGGACGAAAAUGUCCACUUUAGCGGAGUCCCUGGCCAAAGAGGGCUGGUACCUCAGUGAUGAAGGCAUUGCUGAAUUGAAAGGAUCUGCUGAAAAAAUUACACAUCAUGAUGUUAUUCGAAUUGCACUCGACACUGAUCUCAGACCAAUCGGAAGGAAAAUCCUUCCUCCCGAUAUCAACAGUGGACGAGUUGAGAAGCUGGAGGGCCCAUGUGUUCUCCAGCUGCAGAAGAUGAGGAACAUCUCAGUGCCAAAAGACAGUGAGUCCCAAGGAGGGCCACGAAUGUUACGCCUGCAAAUGACAGAUGGCCAUACCACCUGUGCUGGAUUGGAGUUUAAACAACUGACCAAAAUCAGCAUCAAUACUCCUCCUGGCACAAAAAUUAAGCUCCUUGGCACAGUCAUAGUAAAAAAUGGGUUUUUGCUGCUUGAUGACACAAAAAUCUCUGUUCUUGGUGGAGAGGUUGAACAUAUGGUGGAGAAAUGGGAGCUGCAACGGAGUCUGGUCAAACACAGUAGAAACAACAUUGGAACAGAAGGUGGCCCACCUCCUUUUGUGCCAUUUGGCCAGAAGUGUGCGAGGAAAGAUGAAACCGACAGUGACCAACUCGACCAGAGGAAAACUCUUCAGAAUGUCAUCAAAAUCCCUGAUGAGAAUGACGAGUUUGCAAAGCAGCGAUCAGCAGCUAUUGCUGAAGUGGCCAAGACCAAAGAAGGUCCCCGCAAAUUUGGUGGAGGAGAAAAUGCAGGAAGUAAUUUAUCCUCCAGUUCUUCUCGGAGCCGUGACCAGCAUAGAAAGCGAGAAGACCAGGUUGAAAGAUAUGAAAACAGACAAGAUGCCAACUAUCGAGAACUGGUGGACGAGCGUGCGCUAAGAAACAUCAUGGAGAUGGGCUUUAACAAGGAGGCAGCCCGGCAAGCCUUAAUGGAUAAUAACAACAAUCUUGAGGUUGCACUCAACACCCUUCUGACAGGAUCCUGUGACAGCAAAGCUCAACCUGCGGUUGCAGACAAGCCUCAGCCCAGAGGCAGAGCAAAGGGAAGAGGUCGGCCUAGAAAUGAUGGUGAUGAGGAAGGUGCUGGAGGAAGGCCCUCUGGACCAAGCACUCUUUUUGACUUCCUUGAAUCCAAGAUGGGAGUUUUUUCCAUUGAUGAACCAAAAAGCCAAACCUCCCAGCCACAUGAUGAUAAAGCAUAUUUUCAUGGGUCAGACUACUACUCCAAAGAUGCAGCUAACACCAGGGUCUCAUCACAUAAUGAUCAUCGACAAAAGAGGAAUGACAGACCCCCCCGAUUCCACAGGGACACAGACUUUCCCAAACCUGGCCAGGAGACGCAGAACUGUACGACCUCCCAAACUUCAUCAGUCCAGCACUGGAAGGGUCAGGAUAAGUCGUCCCGUGGAACCUUGGACCGACUGAAUGACAGGAGAGAGACAGAUGACAAGCAUAUUUUUGCUCCAUCCUUCACAACCUCGUUCACUCACUCAAAGGAACCUCAACAGCAGACAGAGUCAGUUGGAUUGCUUUACCAGCGAUCAAGAAAUUGUGAUGGGGGCAACAUGGCUGCACCAUCUGUCAGGAGAGGUACAAAGGACAAUGCACCCUCAUCUAAACCCGCCAAUCCUUCAGAAAAUGACAUGAACCCUAACCCCAACUCAGACAACUUCAGAAGAAAGGGGAAAGCUGAGCGACCAAACUACUUUGACCAUCAAAUGGAUAGUGUACUGCCAAACUCAAAGGGAGGAAGCUUAGGAACAUUCUGUGAAGUGGAAAUGUCACAGCAUCGUCAAUUCUUGACAGGCGGUCUGUCUAAUUACCAAAAUGGAGAUACAGUACCCAAAAGAACUGGUCCAAUUAAGCCAACAAAUAAAUCUAGUCCUGCCAACAGGGAGCAUCCUCCUAAGAGAAACGCUCAUAAUAAUCCAGGAGCCAAAGUAAAGUCUUGGCAAGGUAAAGGUCAAGGUCCUCGAGGGACAGAGAAAAGUAAUAAUGUUGAUCAGGCUUGGAAACCUGGAGAUCGGUGCCUUGCUUUAUACUGGGAGGACAGCAAGUUCUACCAUGCCAGAAUAGAUGCCGUGCAUCCAUCAGGCUCUACAGCUGUGGUCGUGUUUAGUGAUUACGGGAACUGUGAAGAGGUCCACCUCCAUAACAUCAAGCCUGUUACUGCUGACAUCUUGGAAGAAAAUGAUGGUUACUAUGACAGUUCACUAGAGUUUCGCCGUGGAGGAGAUGGGCAGCCAAGGCGCACAAGACCUACACAACAGUACUACCAACCACCCAGAGCUCGAGAUUGAUGUCAUGGAAAUUAAAUUACAGAGUUUGCCCACCACAGUCAUAUUGCUCUCUCUGUAAAUGUUACUGUUAUAAAUGACAGUCACAGUCAACUGUUUGAACUUUUCAUAGUCACAUUUGUCCAGCCAUUGGACAUUUUUCUAUCAUCUGCUCUUGAAUUAUUGCGUACAACACUCUUUAAAACAGUCAAAAACAUUUUCAUACAGUUCCUACACAAAUAAAUUUACAGGAUUGGAAACUCAAGUGUGGAAAAACAUUCAUGUUUCCAAGACAGUUACCACUGUUCUGUUUACUAAAAGGUAUGAUUAUGAAUGACUUUAAAAAAAAGAAAAUGGAUCAGUCUGUUUGUUGACAUGUUUGUACAGAGUGGGCGACGCAUGCUGUAUACAGUAUAUGGUGCCAUACAUCAUAGCAUCCAUAUUCAGAAUAAUGAAAACAAACCAUUAAUUCCAUAAUUUAUUUACAGUACAUGAUAACGCUGGCUGCAACAAUAAUUAUUUUCUUAGUCUGUUAAUCUUAAGCUUGUUUCGAUUGAGUAAUCAGCUAUAAACGACAUGAAGCAAACACAAAGAGUUAGCAGUUGGGUCUGUAACAUAAGAGACAAAAAUGGUCAUCACUGUUCUAAAGUUAAAGCUAAUGUGUGUGUGAAUAUCUUGUUUUGCCUAAAAGACAAAGGUAAUAGGUCUGCUUUCAUGGAUGACUAAGGAAAUGAAAAAAUACAUUUGACAGGAUAUUUUGACUUUUCAAAAAAAAAAAAAGUUUAAGCAAAUACCAACAGUUGAUUAAUCAUUGAUUCAUUUGGUAAUUCUUGCAGCUUUCAUCACAUACAUAUUUUAUUAAAGUAUUUCUUCCAUAAAUACUUUAUGGAAGAAAUAUAGAAUCUUCCAUUGUCAUAUCCAUGGGAACCCUGUUUAUAGCAUAGGAAUCUGCUAUAUUGUACAUUUUCAAACAUCUUCAUUGUGACCCUAUUCAUCUCUGUUAGAUGCCAAUGGAAGGAAAAUAAUACAUUUUUUAAAUUAGUUUCAACAGAUGUUCGUCAGCUCAUCUGUAUGCUUUUUAUUUUUAUCUGCUCAUUUUGUAAUCUUGAGUGCUUCCUAAACUCUUAAAAUGUCCACACUUUUGUGACAUACAGAACUCAUCAAAGGGCUUAACAUUCAAAAAUAAGAACAAAACUGACACUGAGCACUUGAUUUUGUUAAGCGCAUUGACUGAAUGUGAAGAUUUCUUAAACUGAAGUAUUCUAAUAAAGCCUCUUAUUGUAUGUUGCAAAUUUGUCGCAAUUUUAAUUACCUGAAUGAAAUAAAGCUUUAAAAAAGCUUUAAAAUUAAAAAAAAAAAAAAAACACCGGGCCUCAGCUAUUUGUCCCACUACUCAUGUGUAGCAAGUGGCACCAAUUCAUUUGUCUUGUUCUUUGAAGCAAAUCCCACAGCGUAAGACAAUCUCUUCCCGUGUAAUGGA